UGUGUUUGUUUACAGUUAAUGUGUUAAGAGCCAUUGACAUUUGAAGAUCAUCAGAAGUGAAGAUAAAACAUCUCAAAAAUUAUAAUUGCUUCCACUUCUCAUUCAGAGAAUUCAGUGCAUACGAAAUCCGCUUCUGCUGUGUCAUCGGAUUCUAUUUCAACGUCUGCAGACAACUUUUCUCCUGAUUUGAGGGUCCUGCGGGAGUCUAACAAAUUAGCAGAAAUGGAAGAACCACCCUUGCUUCCAGGAGAAAACAUUAAAGACAUGGCCAAAGAUGUUACUUAUAUAUGUCCAUUCACUGGUGCUGUACGAGGAACUCUGACUGUCACAAAUUACAGGUUAUAUUUCAAAAGCAUGGAACGGGAUCCUCCGUUUGUUUUAGAUGCUUCUCUUGGUGUGAUAAGUAGAGUAGAAAAAAUUGGUGGUGCUUCUAGUCGAGGUGAAAAUUCUUACGGACUAGAAACUGUGUGCAAGGAUAUUCGAAAUUUACGCUUUGCUCAUAAACCGGAGGGGCGAACGAGAAGAUCCAUCUUUGAAAAUCUAAUGAAGUAUGCAUUUCCUGUCUCUAAUAAUCUGCCUCUUUUUGCUUUUGAAUACAAAGAAGUAUUCCCUGAAAAUGGGUGGAAACUAUAUGACCCUCUUCUAGAAUAUAGAAGGCAGGGAAUUCCUAAUGAAAGCUGGAGAAUAACAAAGAUAAAUGAACGCUAUGACCUUUGUGAUACGUACCCUGCCCUCUUGGUUGUGCCAGCAAACAUUCCUGAUGAAGAAUUAAAGAGAGUGGCAGCCUUCAGGUCGAGGGGCCGGAUCCCAGUCUUAUCAUGGAUUCAUCCUGAAAGUCAAGCCACAAUCACUCGGUGUAGCCAGCCCAUGGUAGGAGUGAGUGGGAAGCGAAGCAAAGAAGAUGAAAAGUACCUUCAAGCCAUUAUGGACUCCAAUGCUCAGUCUCAUAAAAUCUUUAUAUUUGAUGCCCGGCCAAGUGUUAAUGCUGUUGCCAAUAAGGCAAAGGGUGGAGGUUAUGAAAGUGAAGAUGCCUAUCAGAAUGCAGAACUAGUUUUUCUAGAUAUCCACAAUAUUCAUGUUAUGAGAGAGUCCUUACGAAAGCUUAAGGAGAUUGUGUACCCCAACAUCGAGGAGACUCACUGGCUGUCUAACUUGGAAUCUACUCACUGGCUCGAACAUAUUAAGCUUAUUCUUGCUGGGGCGCUUCGGGUUGCUGACAAAGUGGAGUCUGGAAAGACGUCUGUGGUGGUGCACUGCAGUGAUGGGUGGGACCGAACCGCUCAGCUCACUGCCCUCGCCAUGCUCAUGCUGGAUGGGUACUAUCGUACCAUCCGAGGAUUCGAGGUCCUCGUGGAGAAAGAAUGGCUGAGCUUUGGACAUCGAUUUCAGCUGAGACUUGGCCAUGGAGAUAAGAAUCACGCAGAUGCAGACAGAUCGCCUGUUUUUCUUCAGUUUAUUGACUGUGUCUGGCAAAUGACAAGACAGUUUCCUACAGCAUUUGAAUUCAAUGAGUAUUUUCUCAUUACCAUUUUGGACCACCUAUAUAGCUGUUUAUUCGGAACAUUCCUUUGUAACAGUGAACAGCAGAGAGGAAAAGAGAAUCUUCCUAAAAGGACUGUGUCACUAUGGUCUUACAUAAACAGCCAGCUGGAGGACUUCACUAACCCUCUCUAUGGGAGCUACUCCAAUCAUGUCCUUUAUCCAGUAGCCAGCAUGCGCCACCUAGAGCUCUGGGUGGGGUAUUACGUAAGGUGGAAUCCACGGAUGAAACCACAGGAGCCCAUUCACAACAGAUACAAAGAACUUCUUGCUAAACGAGCAGAGCUUCAGAAAAAGGUAGAGGAACUACAGAGAGAGAUUUCCAACCGAUCAACCUCAUCCUCAGAGAGAGCCAGUUCUCCUGCACAGUGUGUCACUCCUGUCCAGACUGUCGUAUGAAAGGACUGUUAGCUGGGGCCAUCAUCACCACAAACUCUUGAUCACAAUGGCAGCUCUGAGUAGAGUCUUCUGAAUUUAGAACUCAUCUAUGAGAGAAAUGCAAUCGCUUUAUUUAUUUUAAAUCUGUUUAGAACUGUAGCAGUGCAUUCCACAUAUAAUUACAACACUAAUCUUAAGUCACCCAAAGAAUAUUAAAAUGCUUCAAUUCUGGAUCCACAGUGGGCAUAAGUUUCUGAUUUUAAGAGGAAAAUGCUGUCUUAGAAAUUUUGGUGUCUGGUAAAAUCAAAAUACAAACCAUUUCAAAAAUAUACCUCUUGAUGGAAGAGCUCAUUGAACAGAGAGGGAGGAGCAUCAAUUUUCAGCCCCACACUGAAAUUCCUUAGCAUUAUACACACUUUAAUCUCGUGACUAAUCAAAUCUGUACUCCUUUUCCCAUCCUGGGUUUUUCUUUGUGGUAAGUGAUCUACUUCGAUCACCUUUCAAUACCCACAUUCUUCAUACAUGAUAAGGCAAAGCCUUGAUAUUAUGGUGUAGUAGUUGAAAGUUGUUAUUAUUUAUGUACUUAUUUAAGAUGUACUGUUAGGUAUCUGUCCAAAAUAAUGCCUUAUAGAUGUGCUUGGAGGAGGGGAAUGGAGAGGAGAAAGGAGUAGCUGUCCAGGAUUUCAAAGAAUUCCACAUCCUUCAGAUUAGAUUCCAUUUGACCAAUUACUGGAAAUAUCAUGAACCAUUUUAAAAACAUUACCUAACAUAUUUAGAUUUUUUUUUUGGUACAUUUGAACACAUAAGUUAAUUGGCAAGUUUUGAGGCAAUAUUUUAAAGUUUACUAGGAUUUGUUUUCUGAAGUCUUUAUAAAUUGCUUAUGGUAGAAGCAUUAUGCUCAAAUUUUACAAGAAAUAUUUUACUACUACUGUCCUUUGCAAGUUCUGUAAUUCCACUGAAUGACUAAGUCUACCAAAGAACUGAUUGCACGUAGAAAUGUAUUUCAAUCUCGGUGCCAGGACGGAAUCCCGCUUCACUGCUCACCUGCUGCAGUAAGAGUUUGAUGCUGGUAUAACACUGACUCCCGAUGUCUAUUUUACUCUACAAAAGAGCCAUAGGUUAUGUACUGUAACAAAGGAGCUUCCUGUCCCUUGGGUCUUUAAAUAAAGAAAACUUCAACUGACUUCUAAACUUUUUUCUUGUCCUAGUUAUUUACCUUGUUUCUUUUACAGAAUUAUUUGGAAAUUUUUUUGAGGAAAGGGGUGUCUCCCAGCAUUUGCUUCAAAAUAGAAUGUUCAAUUUGAACCUAUUUUCCCCCUAAUAUACAAAUCAAACAAUACUAAAAAAAUACAGUAUUUUUUCACUUGUUAAUUCAUUAUAGUCUGAACCUUAGCACUGCUCUGCUUGGUCUAUGCAAAAUUUGGUCAUCAUGUGAAAUUUCUUAAGAAAGUUUAUAAUGGUAUUUAAGUGGCCAAUCUAUCGGUAUUAAAGCUGUUUUCUAUUCCAAA